UCACGUUCGUAACGCCCUUAUCGGAAGUGGCUGCAGACGAAUUUUUUUGUACACCUGUGAUCAUGACCCGCAGAGGGAUGUGAAAACUGGCCUGAAAUGGUUAACCCAGUCACGUUUUAAUGGUUUAAACGACUUUUAUGUAGAGAUAAGGAGCUGAAGACAACUUACGGUAUGAUGUUCGCGGUUUGCUGGUCGGUUCUGGCCGUAAUUUUGUCGGUUGGAGCAGCUAAAACGGACGGAGACGAUGAUUGGGUUCAUCUUCCUAACAGAUGUGAAGUCUGUAAGUUCGUCAGCAUCGAGAUGAAGUCGGCCUUCGAAGAGACGGGCAAGACGAAGGCAGUCAUCGAGAGCAACUACAACUUCAUAGACGGGAAGGGAGCGCCACCGGUUAAAUACGUCAAGUCAGAUUUGCGAUUCAUCGAGGUUGUGGAGAACGUGUGCCAGAGGCUGCUGGAGUACAACCUGCACAAAGAGAGGAGCGGCAGCAACCGCUUCGCCAAGGGCAUGUCGGAGACGUUCUCCACCCUUCAUGGCCUGGUGCACAAGGGAGUGAAGGUGGUGAUGGAUAUUCCCUACGAACUUUGGAACGAGACGUCUGCUGAAGUCGCCGACCUCAAGAAACAGUGUGACGUGAUGGUGGAAGAGUACGAGGACGUGAUUGAAGACUGGUACAAAGGGAACCAGGAGGAAGACCUGACCACCUACCUGUGUGAGAAACACGUCCUGAAAGGAGGAGACAAAGCCUGCCUGGAUGAGAACUGGACUCCAAAGAAGAAAGGAGACCAGGCAGCGAUUGCAGAGGACAAGAAGAAGAAAAAGAAGAAGGGAGGCAAGAAAGGAGGAGAGAAGGGAGACGGGAGCCCAGACGGAGAGAAGACGACCAAGAAGAAAAAAAAGGAGAAGAAAGUGAAGAAGAAGAAAAAGAGCAAAGCUCCGGUGGAGAAGUCUGAUGGAGGGCAGACGUCGGAUGAGGAGAUCCAGCCUGAGGUGCCUCUUUCUGGGCAGAAAACGGAGCUGUGAGCCGCCGGGUUUCCCUCUGGAUUCUCCUGCCUGCUUCAAACAAUCUGCAGCAUCGUCUAAACAGGAAAUGUGCUGAACAAGCACUUCCUGUUAGAGUUUUAAGGUCCUUUAAGCCAGGAUGUUAUCGUUGUUUUAGGACUUCAUGGCAAAUUGUUUUAAUUUAAAAGUACCGUUUUGGUAUUUGUCCUGAUGUCUACAUCCACGAAUCAGAAGGAACGGCAUUUAAAUUUGGGAGCCUUUAAAUUAAUGAAAGUAUUUAAA